AUGCUCAACUUCAAGUCGGCCGGCGUGCAGGAUGGCACGUUCGACCAGGCUGCCGCCUCGGGCCAGCCGCCGCGCCCGCCCGGCAUACCCGAGCACUACAUUUUCGACACCGAAGUGGAGCUGUGGAUGCCGCCGUCCGCCAUCGCAAAGGCCCGCUCCCGCUGCGCGGCGGCGGCGGCGGCGGCGGCGGCCACGCGCUCGUCCGGCGAGAUCUGCCGGUACCGCCACCUCGACGCCUCCCACCCGGACGUGAUUGCGGACCGGGAGCUGCUUCUCGACCCGGGCGCCGGCGAGACGUGCCGCUACCGCCACCUGCCGCCAGCCCACCCGGAUGUGGUCGCCGACCGGAUACGGCAGGGCAAGGCGCCGAGCACGAUGCCCGCGCCGGCGAUGGGCGGCUACCUCGAGAGCCUCGCCCGGCGCGGGCGUGCGACGCGCGGGCUCGGAAGUGCGAUGCACGGCUCCGCGGCGCAGCAGCUGCUGCAGGGCGACACGUCAAGCGGCGGCGGCGGCGGCGGCGGCGGCGGCGGCGGCGAGGGCGGCGGCGGCGGCCAGGGGGGCGACUACCACUACCGCGGCCGCGACUACCGCGACAGGGAGGGAUGCGGCGAGCGAUACGGCGAGCGGUCGUAUGAGGGUCGUCUGCCGCGAGACUACCACGGCCGGCGGCCAUACGACCGGCGAGAGUACUACGACCGCCCCCGCGAUUACUACUCGGACCGGAGGGACGCCGACCGACGCUGA